GUCAUGGCAUCCGCUCGUGAGGAAAAUCGCAUAAGUACUUACAGAAAACUGCUUAUAGAUCUGUCGAUGGAACUGUCCAGAAAAGAUCUGGAGAUGUUAAUUUAUGCUGUAGGAGAUUUUCUUCCCAGGAGAGUGACAGAAAACAUGGACAGUGGACUGAAGUUAUUUGAAGCACUCGAACAUGAUGUACACAUUAGUCCACUGGACCUGACCCUGCUUCAGGAUGGGUUGAAUACAAUUGGUAGAGUGGAUCUUGCUCAAAGAAUUCAGGUUUUCUCUAGUAAACUGGAGACAGUUGAGACUGAUGGUGGGCAAGAGGACAUAGUGACUGAUGAAAUUGGGGAUCAAGGCAAUGCUGGCACCACAGAAAGUGAUGAGAUUGAUCCUACUAACACAGUAAACUCGAGUGCAAGGAAAGGUGGGCAAGAUGACAUAGUGACUGAUGGAAUUGGGGAUCAAGGCAAUGCUGGCACAGCAGAAAGUGAUGAGAUUGAUCCUACUAACACAGUAAAUCCUGGUGCAAGGAAAGCUCGUGCUGCACACUUGAAAUCAGCACUGCUACCUCACCAUUCAGCAUUACUGUUUGAUGGGAAUCUGGAAAUUACCCCCACAAUGGUCAGAACUAGGGAUACUGGAGAAGCUACUUCUAAAAAACAUUGCCUUGUGGCCAGUGGUGAUGCUACAUCUGCUGCUAUAAAUAAUGGCCCCUGCACUUCAUCUCCUGCACCUUCAGCUGCACAUGUGGGGCAACAAUCACGAGGACCCACUCAGGCUGCUUCAUCUGGCCGGGUCCAAAAUCACUUAGCCCAUGGAACAGCACCGGUUCGAUAUGUGAACUUUCUUGUUUAUGAGGGCUACUCUGUUGAAGUAAUAGGAGGAAAACACUUCAAAACUCCAGAUGGAGAGUUUGUGGAAAUGAAAAGUGGGACACAGUAUAAAAUACAUGUCAAAAAUUCACAUCCUUAUGGUUGUCAUCUGGACAUAUCAAUGGAUGGUUUUGACGUAGGGGGAUGGGCCCUCCUCGAAGGAGAAGAGAUGUUAAUAGAAAGAUCGGCAUACGAGGCCAAGAAGUUCACCUUCUACCGAGUGAAAACUGCACCGAAAGAGGCAGGAAUUGUGUCUGGGCGGGCAGAAAAUGGUGUUCUUAAGUGUAUGUUCACACCUGAAGUAAUGGCAGAAGUUCAAGGCAAUUUUUCUGGGCCAUCUGCCACAGCUACAGCUGGUGACGUGGAUCAUAAUGCCCAAGAUAGAGGGAAAGAACGAGAGCUUGAAGAACAAGAAUGGUUUGAAAGCCAUGAUAUAAGACGGUGGUUUGAAAGCCAUGGUGUUGAACGCUGGUCCUGUUCAAGGGCGUCAUCAAGUACAUGUAAUGAAUUCGUGGCUCAGGGAUCGGAACCUGCCAAUGUAGUUGAACCGGAUCCAGCAUGGAGAGCAGGUGCUACAACAUUACAAGGCGACAGCACUCAACAGUUUGUAGCGGCUGAACCAAUGACAGUAGAUCCAUCAAGGAAGGUUGAAUUGGUUCUUAGGCUUGUGGCCAGGGAAGGGGAGGAAGUUCUCGAGUUCCCUAAAGAUGAGUGCAAACCGCUGUCAACUCUAACUCCGCCAGCUGUCCAAGAGUAGAGCAGAGACUGGAUCGGUGUCAACCUAACUCCCUUAUUAGCAUGAGCUGCCAGACACUUUUUCUGAAGGAGUGUUAACAGGUUUCAGGCGAUCUUAACUUUAGACGACCUACGUCACCAUAUCCUAGUAAUUUUCGGUGUCAUGGAGAUUAGUGUUUCGUUGGGGUGAAACGAGAAAAAGUUAAUUCAUUGGGUUUUACCAACAACAAAGGUGUAGGAUUAACAAAAAAGGGAUGAAGAGAGUGAAGGAUGGCGAAUAUUUUACGGAUGAAAAGAGACAAAUUUAGGCUAACAAUUCCUGAAUGGACAAAUCGAGUUUACCAUCCGCAGAGGCUGAACAAAAUGAGAGUGUAUUGCGCCAGUUCAUUCUCCUUAACCAUUUAACUCCGCAGCAGCACCUAAUGCAGGGAACAAACAACAGGCUCUACAGUGUUUAAUUCAGGCAAGAUUUUGCAAAAAAAGUAAAGAUUACCGCCUCCCGGUUAGCUGAAUUGGUUAGAGCGCCGGUGUAACGGCUGCCACGCUUUUUGCCUGCUGUUAAUAAGACGUUAACAAACUUGUGCGCGCGCGACUCGCGU